UAGCACAUUUCCACCCGCACAGAAGCAGCUAAAUGUUUUGCUUGGUGCUUAUAAUGGCCAAAAAUGCUGUGCAUAUCUAAAUGUAUGCUGUCUAGGUAGGCAGUUCAAUAGACUCUGAGACAGCCUAUAAGAUAGUAUUUUUAGACUGUAGUUCUUUUGGUUUUUUUUUCUAUUGGGAAGGGAAUAACCCACACUCUUCCGUUAGCUGCUGACUGCAUGUGUACCCGCCUGUCAGAGGAGGCGACAAUGCGCAAGUGUUCAGCUGCAUUUUACUUCACUCUAGGUUUCAUAUCUGUCUGUACAACUGAAGCAUCAGCAGAAUCUUCUUGCUGCAAAACAUUGUCAGAGAAAGAUCAAUGUAACACAGAAGGUGUCCAUGAUUUGAGAUGCUUCAUAAAGUAUAAAAAAGCUCAACCUAUGUCCAUUUGUGAAUGGAAGCAAGCAGACAACAUUUCAACCUCUUACAAAUUCUACUCUCAAGUUAGAACCAAAUGCAGUUGUGGAUUCCCACACCAGAAAAAUGCAACCUGGACUUCCAAUGAAUUUUCUUUCAGUAUGAAGUAUAACAUCACAGCUCACGUGAUUGGAAAGAGGGAAAAUCUAAGCUGCAUCUACAAAAAUUUCAGUGGAAUACCAUCACAGAUGACACAAUGUGGUCCUCAUUCAAAUGUCACUUUUAAAAGACGGUCAGGCCACAUAACUCUUAUGGUUAAUUGGGGAGAUGAAAGCAAUUACAUUGAAAACUUCCAUGUAAAGUACAGAGAAUUCAACUCUACAAAUUGGAAGAAGAAACUGUCUAAAAAUAACAGAGAUUUCGUAUUGUGGAACACGACAUCUUCUCUGUCAUAUGAGUUGCAAAUACAGUGCAUUCCCUCUGCAAACUGUGCAGAGUGUUUACCCAGUGAGUUCAUGAUGGUCCCACCGGAACUCACAGAUGUACCAUCGAUCCAGUGGGAGAUUCAAGACCAUAUUGGAGAUGACCAUAAGGCCAAGACUGUAGCUGGACAGAGAAGAGUGGUUGUCAUGUGGGAGUAUCCGAUCAGUGAGGCUGUGGCUUACUACAAUGUGACAGUGAGGAAAGAAUCGGGGGAAACCAGCAGUCAAACCAGCAGUUACAAAGUUAAAAAUUCAUCUCUUAUCCUGAUCCUGUCUUAUUCUGCAUAUAACAUCAGCAUCAGGGCCUUUAACAAUGCUGGAUCAUCUCCUGUUUCCAGUAUAAUCAUUGAACGAAUGGAUGAGUGGCAAGAUUUGUUUGGGCCAUUCAGUGUCAACAUUACGAGUAACAACAGUUUCAGCCUGUCUUGGAACAGCUCCAUCUCAAGUGUGUGUUACUCUGUGGAGUGGUGGGCCAAAGGACAGAUACCUGCUUUCCAGCCAUUCUACGUUAAGAGGAACCACAAAGAAAUAACUGGCAUAACCAAGAACACUUUUCAGCCCAAUACAAGAUAUUAUUUCUUCCUGCACACCAGACCAGACCAAGACACCUGCAACAUGAAAAAUGUGAACAAAAGUGAGACAACCUAUGGCAAAACCCAAGCUUAUCUCUCUGAAGGAAGUCCUAUCCGUGCUCCUGGGAAUGUGAGCGUUUUGAAUAUUACUCAGCAUUCAGCAGUAAUAACAUGGAUCCCUUUGUCUGAGGAAGACUUGUAUGGAUUCUUAUCAGGCUACUACUUGUAUUACUGGAAUACAGAAGACAUUAAUGAAACAUCCAUCAAAGUGGAUCCCAGCAUAAACAGUUAUGAGCUGCUGAAUCUGCAAAGCAGCAGUGCAUAUAGUGUGCAGCUGUGUGCAUUUACAGUGGCAGGAGAAGGAGAACGCAGUGAUGUUAAGCACUUCGUCACGGAUCAGCCUGCAGAGUUCACAGCUUUGAAUGGCAUUAUAGCUGCGAUCCUUGUGGGAAUAAUAAUUCUUCUAAUAGCAGUUCAUGUCAGCUGUCGGAUUUUGCACCGAGCCAAGAAACUGCUCUGGCCUAGUAUACCAGAUCCAGAGAAGAGCAAUGCUGUUCAAAAAAUUGUAAUCACCUAUGAACUGAGUCUCCUGGAGCCACUGACCAGACAAAAGUUAGAGGAAAGUGAGGGUUGUGAUUCCAGUACAGUGUGCUUCAUUGAGAACAAGAGUUAUGCAUUUUCAUUCAGCAGUCCUUCCCCUUCUCAAGCCGGUGUGAAGCUUCAUCUCAGUGAAGAUGAGGACAGCCUUUCCAGUAUGAGUGAGAUCAACCCCCCAGAUACCCCAACACAAGUCCCCACCAGAGAAUCUGUUUCUACAGAGACCUUCCCGCUGGACUUCAGAAAAACAGACUGCACUUUCAGCAAUUCUGUUAAUAAUGAAGUCAUGAGUUUAGAAAGCAAAGACUCUGGAGAGACUAUUACAGGUUCAGUCUUCACUCCAGCAACUUCCAAAACGCCUGCUGUGGUUUUCAUGAGCGAUUACACCACCAUGGAGAUCUUCAAGCAGGUCACCAUGAAUGGAAUUCAGAGUCCAUCUAUUCAAACAGUAAAACCAAGUUUUGUUGCUGGACAUCCGGGACAGGAUUACAUUCGACAGUCUGUAUUGCAAUAAGUAAACAGUCUAGUAAACAUGAUUGAUGUAACAGAACUAAAGUUUUAAUACAGCUUCAGCCACAGUGAUUAUUUGACAAUCCCUCUGGGGUCAUUUAUAAGCAUUCAUUUUCCUGUUACAACUGAACUUUAGUGACUACUCAACAUCUCCCACAAUGGAUAUAUUAAAUGUUCUCAUUUGUUCACAAGUGU